CUCCGGCUCAACAGUCGCCGUGGAAAUGCUGAUUCACUAGAACGAGCAGGGAGCGAGAGCAGCGCCACAGCAGCGGAGCCAUGAGGGAGAUCGUCCACAUCCAGGCGGGUCAGUGCGGGAACCAGAUCGGAGCCAAGUUCUGGGAGGUGAUCAGUGACGAGCACGGCAUCGACCCCACCGGGAGCUACCAAGGUGACAGUGACCUGCAGCUGGAGCGCAUCAACGUCUACUACAAUGAAGCUUCCGGCGACAAAUAUGUCCCUCGUGCCAUCCUGGUGGACCUGGAGCCCGGAACCAUGGACUCUGUCCGCUCCGGCCCGUUUGGUCAGCUGUUCAGACCCGACAACUUUGUCUUUGGUCAAAGUGGAGCAGGAAACAACUGGGCCAAGGGUCACUACACGGAAGGCGCCGAGCUGGUGGACUCGGUCCUGGACGUGGUGAGGAAGGAGUCGGAGAACUGCGACUGCCUCCAGGGCUUCCAGCUCACCCACUCCCUGGGCGGCGGCACGGGCUCCGGCAUGGGCACGCUGCUCAUCAGCAAGAUCCGCGAGGAGUACCCGGACCGUAUCAUGAACACCUUCAGCGUCAUGCCGUCGCCCAAGGUGUCGGACACGGUGGUGGAGCCGUACAACGCCACGCUGUCUGUGCACCAGCUGGUGGAGAACACGGACGAGACCUUCAGCAUCGAUAAUGAAGCUCUGUACGACAUCUGCUUCCGCACGCUGAAGCUGACCACCCCCACCUACGGGGACCUCAACCACCUGGUGUCGGCCACCAUGAGCGGAGUGACCACCUGCCUGCGCUUCCCGGGACAGCUGAACGCGGAUCUCCGGAAGCUGGCGGUCAACAUGGUGCCCUUCCCUCGGCUGCAUUUCUUCAUGCCGGGGUUCGCCCCGCUCACCAGCAGGGGGAGCCAGCAGUACCGCGCCCUCUCCGUGCCGGAGCUCACCCAGCAGAUGUUCGACGCCAAGAACAUGAUGGCCGCCUGCGACCCCCGCCACGGCCGCUACCUCACCGUGGCCGCCAUCUUCCGCGGACGCAUGUCCAUGAAGGAGGUGGACGAGCAGAUGCUGAGCGUGCAGAACAAGAACAGCAGCUACUUCGUGGAGUGGAUCCCCAACAACGUCAAGACGGCCGUGUGCGACAUCCCGCCCAGGGGGUUGAAGAUGUCCGCCACCUUCAUCGGCAACAGCACGGCCAUCCAGGAGCUCUUCCGCAGGAUCUCGGAGCAGUUCACCGCCAUGUUCCGCCGCAAGGCCUUCCUGCACUGGUACACCGGAGAGGGGAUGGAUGAGAUGGAGUUCACCGAGGCCGAGAGCAACAUGAACGACCUGGUGUCCGAGUACCAGCAGUAUCAAGACGCCACGGCCGACGAGAUGGGCGAGUACGAGGAGGACGAAAUGGAGGACGAGGACGACAUCCGCCACUGACGCGCGGCGUGGCGCGGCGCGGCGCUUCUCCCAGCUGAACAAUGUUCGCGGCUGCCAUCCUCAAGUUUAGUCUGAAACUGAGUCAUCGAAGGCUCCAGCAGUGAAGUCAUGCUUUGCUUAUUGCAAAAUAGGUUUCAGAAAAUGACCUGCUUUGAAUUGUAAGCGCCAAAUAAAACCCUGACCACAGUU